GGUGAGGGGAGCAAGAAGACCCGGAUGUAAGUGGCAACUGGGCUCUGGAACGGGACGAGCCGGGACGCAGCCAGGGAGGAAGGCAAGCGAGCAAGCAGGAAGGACAACUAGCUCAAGUGUUUUCUGUUCGGCCACGAAGGGUCACUGGGAGGGGAAGGCAGGGAGGGUGUAGAGGGGUGGGUGGGCUAUCUCUUUUCAGGGAAGGGAGUUGCUGGUGACUGGUGUGGCGGUGCUCACACCUUGGUACAUCUCGGAUUGUAGUAAAGAAGAAAAGGGCCUUACAGUUGUUAGAGGGCGUUUUUUUCACCAGGCGUGUGAGGAAUACAAGGCUCUAGAAAGGGGUGAUAGCAGUGAAUAAGAGCCCCGUCUCAGUUCUUUUUGGAAGGAGUGUGGGGGAAUCGCCUGAUCAGUCUUGCCUGCACUGUCAAGCUUCUUGAGAUUCUGCAUUCCUACCCCCCUCGCCCGCGGUGGAAGGAAGCACCCAGGAAUUGGAUUUCUGGGUGCCAGAGGGGUGGUCCCACAAGACGGCACUUCAGUUUGCUGCUAAAAGUGAGAUGUUCGUCUUGUCCAGUUAACUUCCUUUGUUUGGCCUCUACUUGUGUAAGAAGAAACAAAGAAAGAGGAGGAAGCAUUCGUGUUAAGUGGGGUUUGCUGCUCAGGGCUCUCCCACGCAUUGGCCCUGCAGCCAUUUGGCAUCUGCAGUUUCCUGUUCCACAGACUCGAGGAUGGCUACUAAUAUAGGCGACCAGCGAGCCCCAGAAUGGGCUCCCCAGUACAACCUGGGCAACGGAAGUACACGAGAGAACGGAAUGGAAGGUCCAAUGCAUGAAAAUCCUGAAUGGGAGAAGGCCCGUCAAGCACUGGCUAGCAUUAGCAAAGCCAGUGCUGCUGCUGCUUCUGGCAAUAGUAAAGGUGCUUCCAAUGGACAGACAAAUGCCCAGUACACAGCCCAGCAAGGUGAUUCUCUGCAGCAGCAGCAGUACUAUCAGUGGUAUCAGCAGUAUAGCUACCUCUACCCAUAUAAUUACUAUUACCCUAUGAAUGUCUACCCUGGUUACAGCUCAAGUGGACAAUAUGGUGUCCCAGGUUCUUACACAUCUGCGGCACCCCAGCAGCCUCCAGCUCCUGGACAGCACCAAGGGAGCAUGAGCCAGCCUCCAGUCCCAGGCAUGGAAGACGGAGGGUUGCCCUACUCAAGCCAGCAGCAGCAAAUGCAAGUCCCCAACCCACCACAGUCCCCUAUGCAGCACCCCAGCCAUCCCUCACAGCAUAGCAACCAUCCCAUGGGUUCCGGGGGGCAGCAGCAGCAGGGGGGGCCUUCUGGAGGGCCACAUGCCCAACCAAACCAAUCAAAUGCCUCCUACAACCAGCAGCAGCAUUCCUACCAGGAUGCAGCCAAGCCCAAGAAAGGGCAGCAGCUCUGGAACCGCAUGAAACAAGCACCUGGGUCUGGUGGUCUGAAAUUCAACCUCCCCAAACGACCCUUUGUGGUAACAAAUCAGAACUUCAGUUCUUCAGAGCAGCAGCAGCAACAUGGAAACUUCGGUGCUCAGCAGAAUCCUGAGAAACGUCACAAUCACAGCUCUUCAACAGGUAAGCCAGAAGACUGGCCGCAAGACAUGAAGGAAUAUGUCCAGCGCUGUUUCACAGCCUGUGAAUCAGAGGAAGACAAAGAUCGCACUGAGAAGCUGCUCAAGGAAGUUCUGCAGGCCAGGCUGCAGGAUGGCACUGCCUACACGAUUGACUGGAGCAGAGAGCCACUUCCGGGCCUGAGCCGGGACAGCAUGGCUGAAAGCCCCAAGAAGAAGUCGCAGCGUUGGGAGGUGUCUUCUCUGCACUCCACACGUACCUCUAUGCAGUCCAGUCUUUCCCAGCAGCAGCAACGGGGCACUGGUGGAAACGCCCAGCCCCAGCGGGGGGGAGGCAGUGGGGGAGCUGGAACUGGCCGGGCUCGUGGAAAUGGCUUCCCCACUAAGUUUGGAAACCGCAAUGUCUUCAUGAAGGAGAACAGCUCAUCCUCAAGUGUUGAUUCACGUUCCAGGUCCCGGUCCUCAUCACGGUCUCCCAGCCGCCACUUCCGACGGAGUGAUUCCGAUUCAGACAGUUCCUAUUCAGGCAAUGAGUGUCGCUUGGGUGGCCGCAGGAAUGCCCAGAAGAACCGUGGUCGUGGAGGCCACAUGGACAGAGGCCGGAUGAGAGCCCAGCGAGGGAAAAGGCAUGACCAAGGACCUUCCAAACGCAACCGGAAACGCAACACUAUGGACUAUGAGGAUCCCGAAAAAGAGUUCAAGAAGGAGCGGCGGGCAGCCCGUUUCCAGCACGGGGCCCACUCCAAAAAGCUGCGUCUGGAGCCCCUCAUCCUGCAGAUCAACAGCCUUGACCCUGCUGGCUCAGAUGGUCUCGACUGGAAUGAGCUGAAGAUUGUUGGUACCUGCCAGGAGAUUACCAAACAUUACCUGCGCCUCACUUGUGCACCAGACCCGUCCACUGUCCGACCUGUCUCAGUGCUUAAAAAAUCCUUGAACAUGGUGAAAUCCCACUGGAAAGAGAAACAGGAUUAUGCCUAUGCUUGUGAGCAGAUGAAAUCCAUCCGGCAGGACCUUACAGUUCAGGGUGUCCGUACUGAAUUUACUGUGGAGGUCUAUGAAACCCAUGCCAGGAUAGCACUGGAGAAGGGUGACCAUGAGGAGUUCAACCAGUGCCAGACACAGCUGAAAUCCCUCUAUGCAGAGAACCUCCCCGGAAAUGUUGGGGAGUUCACGGCUUACCGCAUCCUCUACUACAUUUUCACCAACAACUCGGGGGACAUUACUACAGAGUUGGCAUAUUUGACAAAAGAGCUGAAAACAGACCCCUGUGUGGCACACGCACUUGCCUUGCGAGCUGCCUGGGCCCUGUCCAAUUACCACCGUUUCUUCUGCCUGUACCGCCAGGCGCCCUGCAUGUCCGGCUACCUCAUUGACAAGUUUGCAGAACGGGAGAGGAAAACAGCCCUCAAAGCCAUGAUCAAAACUUUCCGCCCGGUGCUUCCCGUCUCCUACGUUGUGUCAGAGCUGGCCUUCGAGAGCGAGGAGGAGUGCCAAGCCUUCCUCGCUGCUCUGUCCCUUGUGUAUACUAGCCCCGACGCCACCAAGAUUGACUGCAAGCAGAGCUUGGCGGUCCUGACCAAUUUCUGAAAGUGUAAACCCACUGCCCUGCCCUGCCCUGUCUUAACAUGUACAUAUAUAUGUGUGUGUGUAUAUAUGUAUAUAAAACCAGAUUAAGUUAGCUGCUGUGGGCAAGCCGGAGCCUAAUUCUGCCACCACUCCCGCUGUCCACUCCGCACACGGAUGGAAGAGGGUAAGAUCCAUGGACAUCGGAUGGCAUCUAAGACCACCAGGAACGGAGAAGAGCAGAGAGUUCAUUCUAACAAUUAUUUUUUUUUGCCAGCAGUGGGGUAGGGAGGUAUGUGUGGGGAUACAUUUACAUCAGUUUACGAUCAUCUGGUGUGUGUUUGCUUCCCCUCGUGUCAAGAUGCGUGAGAGAACAUAGAAGCAAAACCCCCUCAAUCAUCCAUUGGUUCGAAAUUGCUGAGAUAAGGGGCUGGGGAAAGAACAGGGAUCUGUAAAAGAAUUACUGGGAGAUACGGAUUUAAUUACUGUGUUACCAUCCCUUCGCCCUCAAAAGAGUGUUCAGGAAGCUAGAAUAUUUUCUCCCUAGACCACAAGAGAAAUCUCUUUGUCUUGUUCUUUCUAAAACUGCACCAGUAUCUUUCCAGACACAUAAUUUCAUCUAGAUUCUACUUGGCAAACCUUUCAGAAGGCAGCGGUACAUAAGAACAAGUGGUUCCUUUGUGUAAAUAUGUGGAAUAUGAUUUUGUACAGAAGCUACAAGUUGUAAAUAAUGCUAGGAAAACUGUUGUUUUCUAAGAGAAAAAAAACCUAUGGUUUUCUACUUUUAUAAUAAUGAGUUUAACAGAUGGUUUUCUCUGAAGAUGAAAAAUCCAGGUUGUGUUGUGUGCGCAUUUUGUGUUCUCCAUUGUGCUCCUCAAACUAACGGUGUCUCAGUUUUUUCCUCUUCCGAGCUAUGGCCUGGCUUCAAAAAAGCACGAGAGAGAUGCCACCUCUCCAGUCAAACAAACAGCCUGAGGAGGAAGAACAAAGCAAAAUCUGCCUCAUGCAUUUCCUACCAGUUCAAAGACUUUUUCCUAUGCAGAGGAGAAUGUAACAGACUUCUUUGUAAUUCAAACCCUUGCGGAUGUGGCAACAUGAAGCGAAGAGAGUCAAAUCAAGGCAAUAAGCAAUAUCUCUGGAAUCAAAUCAACACGCAAGCUGACCAUCACAACCUUCUCAUUUUCAAUUGUUCUGGAGUUGUCAUGCUAAUUUUAUUUAUUUAUUUUUUUCUCCCUCUGUCCUCAGUUCUUUACAGGUAAUCUCAGAAAAUGCACCACCCCAUUUUCACUUUUUUCGUCACAUUGUUUCAGUUUUGUUUUAAAGUUUUAAAAGAUUGUCCAAUUGUCUUAUUUUCCUUUUUCUCUUUCUUUCCUCUUUCCCACCCUUAGUCUCUCUAGUUUUCUCCCCCUCCCUUCUCGCUCUCCUCCUCUAACUCUUCCUUUCUUUCUAUUUUUGUUUUUGAACAUGUGUAAUUUUGGGAUGUUUUGGCUUGGGCUGGAUUUUUCAAAGAUUCCUUUUUCCUUUUCAGAAACUUAUGAAUUUUUUCUAUUUGAUUAAAAACGUUUUUAAACAAACAUCAA